AGGAGGCAUCAGGACACGGCCAGUGCAAGAAAAUGACUCAGCAUACCUCUCAGAAAGGCAUGGAUCAAUUCCGCAGCCUGUUCCUCAAACUGGACAGCAACAAGGAUGGUUUUAUAGACGUAGGCGAACUGCACAAGGAGAUGAAAAAAAUUGGGAUUUUGUCUAUGGAUGAGAAAGCUCAGGCCAUCGUGGAGAACUAUGACCAAAACAAUGACGAGCGAUUAGACUAUGAGGAGUUUCUCAGCUACAUGAUGGACAGAGAAAAGAAAUGGAAAAUAAAUUUUGAGAUGCUUGACAAAAAUAAAUGCGGAGUCAUUGACCAGGAGGAAAUCAUAGAUUUGUUUAAGGAGUUAGGAGUGGCCAUUACAAAGCAGAAUGCAAAGAGAAUAAUACAAAUGAUGGAUGAAGACAGCUCAAUGACUGUGGACUGGGGGGAAUUCCUGCAGCACAUCAUACUAAACCCGGCUGAGGACAUAAGCGAGCUGGUGUCCUCCUGGAAACGCAGCAUGGUGUUUGACGUGGGCGAGAGUCGCACGAUGCCCAUGGAGUUCACCCAGGAGGAGGCCAAAUCAGGGGCCUGGAAGAAUCACAUACUGGCUGCAGGGAUGGCAGACGCCAUGUCACGGACUGUCACUGCACCCAUCGACCGCUUAAAAACUCAGCUUCAGGUUUAUGGCUCAAAGGCCAUGUCUCAGGGAUUUAGAGAGUUGCAAGUGGGCGGUGUCAGGUCUAUGUGGCAGGGUAAUGCUGUGAACGUACUGAAAGGAACUCCCCAGUCAACGCUCCAGUACUUCAUCUAUUCGCAGUUGAAGGUACACAGUCAAAUUCCGGACGACAGACUGACAGUCCAGCAGAGGUUCGGACUUGGCUGUGUGUCUGGGGCAGUGGCCCACGCUGUGUUCUACCCACUCGAGGUUUUAAAAGUAAGACUAAAUCUCCUGCAGAGGGGAAACUACAGUGGGGUGUUAAAGUGUGCCUGGUCCAUUUACCAAAAAGAGUCUGGUGUUGCCUUCUACAGAGGUUUCAAGCCAAGCAUCCUCUGCAUGAUUCCAUAUGCUGGAGUGGAGUGUGCUGUCCAUCAGUCAAUAAUGAGCUGGGCAAAGAGGGAUCCUGCCAACAGCACUGAAUCAAGACUGUUUUUCUUCAGCUUUCUCGCCUUUGCAUCAGGACAGACAGCCAGCUAUCCCUUAGCAGUGAUCAGAACUCAGCAGCAAGCUCAGGCUUUCAAUGCGAAUCCACUGUCCUCCAGUGUUCUACAGGGACUUAUGGGUAUCUAUGACAAGCAUGGGAUGCGGGGAUUUUACAGUGGAAUGGGGGCCAGUUUUGUGAGGGCUGUUCCCUGUGCACUUUUAAACUACACAUUAACCUCCAAACUUGAAAUGGUGCUUUCUUCAACUGAGUGA